AUGUUACUCUUCAGACUGUGCAUGCUAAUAUGGCUUUCUCAGGCGAUGUGCUAUGAUGCUAAAUGCACCAUCGACAACCCUAGUAUUAAAUACAAGUCUUACCGUUCAGGUGAUCUCAUCAUUGGUGGCAUUAUUUCUCUGAUCUACAUGAUGUCUAAUCUAGUCACCUUCAAAACAAUUCCAUCUGAAGAACUGCUUGAUGAUCCCAUUUAUUUCAUGGCAACGUGGACCUACCUUGCUUCUAUGGAGCUUCUUUCUUCACAUGACAGAUUUGUUCCCAAUUAUAAAUGCAGCAUCCAUCAAAAUUCAGUUUGUGUUAUUGCUGGACCCAACUCUCAUAAUUCUCAGGUUAUGGCUGACAUUUUGAGCAUUUACAAGAUUCCUCAGCUCACGUACGGUUCUGCUCCAGCGAUGGAUAACAUGAUUCAUACAGCUUUCUUCUAUCAAAUGUACCCAAAUGAACAUCUUCAUGUUAUGGGGAUUCUCCAGUUGCUGCUUCAUUUUAAGUGGACCUGGAUUGGGAUAAUUUUUCAAGAAAAUGAGAUCGGUGAACGAUUUCUGAGGGAAGUGCUUCUCGUCUUAUCUCAAAAUGGCAUCUGCUUUGAUUACAUUGCAGUGCUUCCAACCGUAGCUUUUUCAGAUGGGAUAGGAGAACAAAUCAAUACUUUCAUUAAACUAUGCAAAGUCAUUAUGAAAAGUACCUCCAGUGUUGCGAUUGUCUACUCUGAAAACCAGGCCAUGGCAGGUUUCAGGACAAUCUCCUAUGUUUCAGAAUAUUUGGACACAACAGUGGAGAGAAAAGACAAAGUUUGGAUUUUCCCAGCCCAGAUGGAAUACACUUCAGUUCCAUUUCAAAGAGACUGGAGUAUGGAUUUUAUCCAUGGCGGUCUUUCUUUCGCCAUGUCAUCAAAAGAAUUAUUAGGAUUCAAUAGAUUUCUUCAGAUGAGAAACAGUGUUCCAGAAAACAUAGACAGUUUUUCAAGGGUCUUUUGGGAACAAGCCUUUGAAUGUUCUUUCUCAAAUUCCACUUUAAACCCAGAGGCAGAGAAAAGCUGCACUGGGGAAGAGAAGCUGGAGGCUCUUCCAGACUCUGUUUUUGAAUUGAGCAUGACUGGGCAAAGCUACAGUAUCUACAAUGCAGUCUAUGCCGUGGCACAUGCUCUCCAAGCCAUGCUUACAUCCCACUACAAACAAAGAGUAAUGGUCGGUAGUGGGAAACAGAAGCUUCUCAAUCACCAAGUGUGGCAGCUUCAUCAUUACCUGAGAAAAGUCUCAUUUAACAACAGUGCUGGGGAAAACAUUUUCUUUGACCAGAAUGGGAAGAUUGCAUCUGGCUUUGAUAUCAUCAACUGGAUCACCUUCCCAAAUCAAUCCUUUCUUAGGAUUAAAGUUGGAAAAGUAAAUCCAUCAGCUUUAUUUGAAAACCUUCUCUCUCUAUCGACAGAUAAUAUUGUCUGGCCUAACAUUUUUAACCAGACACAACCUCUUUCUUUGUGCAAUGCUCAUUGCUCCUUGGGGCACAGCAAGAUCAAAAUAGAAGGGAAGCAAUUUUGCUGUUACCAAUGCCUCCGUUGCCCAGAAGGGAAAAUUGCCAACCAGACAGGUUUAGAUGACUGCUUCCCAUGUCCCAAAGAAAACUACCCUAACAAGAACCAGACUCUGUGCAUUAAGAAACAUACAACGUUCUUAUCUUACAAAGAAACCUUGGGGACCACUUUAACCAGUAUUGCUUUCUUCUUUUCUUUCAUCUCAGUUGUGGUGCUGGGGAUCUUCAUUAAAAACCAGGAGACUCCCAUUGUCAAAGCCAACAACAGGAACCUCACCUACAUUCUUCUCAUUGCCCUCCUGUUCUCUUUCCUUUGCAGUUUGCUCUUCAUUGGGCAACCUGACCAAGCAAAAUGCCUCAUGAGACAAACUGCUUUUGGCAUCAUCUUCUCUGUAGCCCUUUCUUGCAUCCUGGGGAAAACAACCAUAGUGGUUCUUGCUUUCAUGGCCACCAAGCCAGGUUCCAAAACCAGGAAAUGGGUUGGGAAAAGGCUGGCUUAUACUAUUGUCUUGUCUUGCUCCCUGAUUCAACUCACAAUUUGUAGUGUGUGGCUGGCAAUUUCUCCUCCAUUUCCAGAUUCUGACAUCCACUCAAUGACUGAAGAAAUUGUCCUAGAAUGUAAUGAAGGUUCCGCCAUCAUGUUUUAUACCGCCCUUGGUUUUCUGGGGUUCUUGACUGCUAUCAGUUUCAUGGUGGCUUUCCUUGCUAGGAAACUACCUGACAGUUUUAAUGAAGCCAAAUUUAUCACUUUCAGUAUGUUGGUCUUUUGUAGUGUCUGGAUGUCAUUUGUUCCAACCUAUCUGAGCACCAAGGGGAAAUACAUGGUGGCUGUGGAGAUCUUCUCCAUUUUGGCUUCUGCAGCAGGAUUACUGGGCUGCAUCUUUACCCCCAAAUGCUACAUUAUUGUUCUGAGGCCCGAAUUAAACAAAAAGGAGCAAUUAACCAAGAAACAAAAGUAA